AUGGCCCGAAGCUUGAUAGAGGUGGAGCGAAAGUUUGUCCCUGGGCCAGGCACGGAGGAGCGGCUGCAGGAGUUAGGAUGCACCCUGGAGCAUCGGAUCACCUUUCGAGACAGCUACUAUGACACUCCUGUGCUGAGCCUCAUGAGGGCAGAUCACUGGCUGCGACAGCGAGAGGGGAGUGGAUGGGAACUCAAAUGCCCUGGAGCAGCAGGUGUCUCAGGACCCCACACUAAAUACAUGGAACUCACAGCUGAACCUGCAAUUGUGGCCCAGCUUUGUGAGGUGCUAGGAGCACAGGGCCUGGGCGCCGGAGGUGUGGCUGCUGUCUUGGGUCCACUGGGGCUGCAGGAAGUAGCUAGUUUUGUGACUAAGCGGAGUGCCUGGAAGCUGGUGCUCUUGGGGGCUCAAGAACUGCCACUCAGGGUGGACCUGGACACAGCUGACUUUGGCUACGCUGUGGGUGAGGUGGAGGCCUUGGUGCAUGAAGAGGCUGAAGUUCCAAAAGCCCUGGAGAAGAUCCACAGCCUUAGCAGCCUGCUUGGUGUGUCAGCACAGGAGAUGCCACCUGCCAAGCUGAUUGUGUACCUGCAACGCUUCAGGCCUGAAGAUUAUAAACUUCUGCUGGAAGUGAACAGCUCCAGAGAGAGGCCACAGGACAAUAAACAUCUGGACAGUAGCCUGGAUUAG